UGCCUUGGUUGCACAGAGUGUCACGGGGUCUGUGGGGGGCUGUCUGGCUGCAGUGUGUGGAGCCUUAGCUGCCGGUCCUCCCAGGUUCCCGGGGCCAUUGUCCAUCCUGGGUCACAAUCCUCUCCGUUCUCUCUCCCCCUGACGUUUGGAUCUCAUGUCCCCCGUGGUCCGCGGGCUGCCGUGCUUGGCCUUCUGAUGUUCUGGAAAGCACAGCCGUGUGUGUAGGGGAGGGACAGAGACCUCCGGUAGCCUGUGUUCAGGGCCAAGACCACGUCUCAUCCCCCGGGGCCCGCCCCGUCACGUCCCACCAUGGCGGCCUUUCCUCUGCCCCGUGGAUGGGGACGUCGUGAACAGUGUCUUAACUCACGUGACAAAGCCGAGAAGUAAGGCAGUUGCUCUGAGGAAGAGGAACAAGUGGGAAAUCCGCAACGUGGAAAGUUUCCUUCAUGGCCUCUUCUGAGUACUCGGUGCCAGCUAGAUAUUUGAGUGCCUUUUCCGCUGCUUGUCAGGGAGCUCAGGAGGAAGCCGGCUGGCUGGCUGCUGUGGCCGGGGCCAUGACCCGGGGACACCGGGAAGGACCUGGGUCCCGAGGGCCCAGGAGGCCUCUAAAGGCGUUUCUGAUGACUCAGAGAGAGAUCCGCGCUAAUCCUGCACCUUUUAUGAACACCGACGAGUCCAGCCGUCCUCUGGGUGCUCGGACACGGGCGGAAGGAGACCCGGGACUGGAGAAACCACCUUCGCUGGUGUCGCUGGUGUCGUGGGACAAGAACAUUCUGGAAACAACUGGUCAAGCACCAUUAAGUGUGGUCAGCAGGAGAACAGGGGCUGCUUCGGAUCCGGGCAGUAGUGCCAACAGAAACAACCGGGAACCUUCCGUUACAAUCUCCAGCUCCUGGAGCAGCCGUGGCCCUCGCCCCUGUCGCCGACGGAUGUGUGUGGCUGGGAAAGUGAGCAGUGCCUUCUGUGGUCUUCCCCAGUGCACCCGCCCCGUGGUGGGCUCCUGCAGCGUGACGGUGGGGACCCCCUCCUGCACCAUGGGACGGCAGCGCUCUGCAGAGGACGUGGCCCCGGACCUGCUUCCAGGGACUGACGUCACGUCGGCCACUGUCGUGAUGGGGGCCCCGGUCGGGGCGCGUGUAUCCGCUCAAACCAGCGCCCCGAUUUCACAUUCUCCCACCUUGCCCAGAAGCUCCCUCGGCCACAAUGGCUCUGUGUCCUGGCCUCGUCCCAAGCAGCUCUGUCCCCUCGCUCAGUGUCUCCCUGGGGCCAUCUCCGUGCAAGGUCCUGCCGACGCAGUCGAUCCCGCCGUUCGUUGCUUCCCAGAAGCUGACACUCGGGCCCCUCCGAGUCUGGGGUUUCGGGUCCAGGUGGCUUCCGAAGCGAGUCUGUGUCUGCUCCUGGAUUUCGGGGACGGCUGUGGGGUUCAAGUGAGGAUCCGCGACGUGUCCGAGGGAACGGCGGUCACCGCCUUCCACCAGUUUGGGAAAGAAGGAGUCUAUACGCUCAAGGCAGUUAUUCACAGUGAGUUCCGUGGAACUGAAAAGGAGCUCGGCCCCUAUUAUGUGGACAUCGGCCCUGCGACCGUGUCCGUGUCCAUGAACUCCAGCAGCAUCCACAAGGACGGGCUUCUUGUCCUCACGGACUCCCACACAGAUCAGAAAGGCACUGUCGUCACACAUCGUUUUCCAACUGGGCCCUCGUGGAACGUAUCCUUCACUUCUAGGACACGAGCGGGCGGCGGCCGGGCGUGGAAACCCGUGACUGUUCGGUUCCAGAUGCAGCCCGUCUCUGUCUACACUAACGGAACCGUGUUUGCCACCGACACCGACAUCACCUUUCUGGCUGUGACCAAGGAGACGGUCCCCCUGGAGUUCCUGUGGUAUUUCGGAGAAGGCCCACCCGUGAGGACAACUUCCAGGAGCGUUAGGAAAAGACUCCGCAUCCCCCAGUGGUACAGCGUGACGGUGCAGGCUUCCAGCAGGCUGGGCAGGGUGGCCUCGGAGCCCCACCGCAUCAGGGCGCAGAGGAGAAUCAUCACCAAUCGGCUCGCGUCCCCGUCCUCGGCUCUGCUCAACACCAGCGUGACAUUUGAGUGCAGACUCAACUUCGGCAGCGACGUCGCUUUCCUGUGGGACUUUGGGGACGGCGCCGUGGGCCCGGGGGGCAGCUCUGCCAGCCACAGCUACAGCAGGCAUUCUGGAGAUCCACGCACAGCUAGGCCUGCCUGGGGAGGUGGACGUGCCCACGGGAAGCCUCGUUCAAGGGAAGGGGAGUUUACCGUCCAGGUCCUCGCCUUCAACGAUGUCAGCACCGCCUCCCUGAGAAAGCAACUUUUCGUCGUGCGUGAGCCCUGCCAGCCGCCCCCGGUGAAGAACAUGGGGCUGGGGAAGGUGCAGGUAUGGAGAUCUCAGCCCGUGAACCUGGGUGUGACAUUCGAGUCUGCAAUCCUCUGUGACAUCUCCCAAGGCCUCUCCUACACCUGGACCUUCUGGAACUCCGAGGGGGCACGGGUGCCCCUGCCCCCUGCUAUCAGCACUCACAGGCAGACCCUCACCAUCCCCGGCUACUUCCUGCAGCCCGGGAACUACACUGCACUUGCCAAGGUUCAGGUGGAAGGCAGCGUCGUGCACAGCAGCUACCGUGUGGGGGUGGAGGUGCGGGCCCGGGCCCCCGUGAGCGUCAUCUCCGAAGGCACGCACCUGUUCAUCUCCAGAGCCCCCUCGUUCAUCAUCGUCCUCAGGGGAUCCCAGUCUUAUGACCCAGACAGUCCUGGGGCCGUUCUCAGGUAUCACUGGAAGUGCACCGCAGCCAGCGCCCCUGGGCACCCCUGCUUCUCCGCCUCCUCUCCACACAGCCUGGACGCCGGGGCUCCCACCCUUUCCUUUCCUGCGGACUCUCUGAGCGACACCUAUGACCAGUUUCUCGUGACACUGACGGUGUCCAGCAGCGGCCGGAACUCUUCAGAGGCACAGGUGUUCCUGUCCCCUCGCCCCAACUCGGCACUCAGAUUCGUCCACAUCUCCUGGGUCAACUUUAGAGACAUCUUUGUUAACUGGAACGAGGAACUUUGUCUUCAGGCUGAGUGCGAAGUCUGUGGCCAAGUGUCUGGGCUGUCCUACUCCUGGGACCUCUUCCUGGUCAACGCAACAGAAGGGACUAGUGUGGAAGUUCCCUUUUGUAGGACGGUGGGGCUGCUGGGCUCUGCCGGGCUGGGGGCCGUUUCCAGGCCACCAGAGUCCAGUCCACCGUCCACGGAGCCGAGCUGGCCGGAGUGCCACACAACGGGAGCGCCGUUCUCACAGGAGCCGCCACAGACCCGGGGCCAGCCCGGCCUUUCAGCCGCGGGGAAACCCUCCUCAGGGCCCACGGUCAGCCGACACUGGGUUCCCGCCACGGGUGACGCUGCGGCCCCGGGAGUGACUUCCCAGGACCAGGGCUCUCCAGGACCCAGCUCCCCUGGAGGAAGUUCGCCCUCCCAGGGACUGUCCCCUUCCCCCUCUGAUUUUGAAGUCUAUUACGGCAAUAUCCAAGAAGCAGAGCUGUCCAGAGGGAGACAGCCCGCUGACUGGCCCAAUCCCAGCCUCCCAGGAUCAGAUCCGAGUUCCAGUGCCGACAGGGCCCGUGGUGACGGGGACAACCUGCUGGGCCCCUUGCCUCCCACAGCUGCUGCUGGGCCCCCUCUCAUGGUUGACUGGCCCAAGUCCCCGGUGGGCCGCACACUCUUCCACAGCUACACCGCCUCCGGUAUCACGGGACAGACUGUGACAAUCAAGCCAUUCGCACUGAGCCCUGGGAAGACCUACGUCCUGCAAGCCUCUGUGGCCUCCAAGCAUGGCUUCCUGGGGCGAGCUCAGCUUUACGUGACGCUCAGGCCAGCUCCGUGGGCCGUGACCUGUCAAGUGCAGCCACAUCGUGGCCUUGAGGCACACACCGUCUUCAGCAUCUUCUGCAUGUCAGGGAGACCGGACUUCCAUUACAAAUUCAGUUACCGGAUAGGAAACGGGUCCAGACACACUUUGUACCGCGGGACAGACACCCAGUACUACUUUGCACUGCCCGCGGGUGAGCCCUUGGAUGACUAUAAAGUCAUGCUGUCCACCGAGAUCACAGAUGGCUCGGGCUCUCGGGCACAGCCGUGUGCCGUGGCGGUGACUGUGCUGCCCCGUCUCCACGGGGGUCUCUGCCUGGACGAGGACAUAUAUAAUUCCAGCCUGAAGCACCUGUCCACCCUCCAGCUGAUGGGCAGUUACGCAGAAAUCAGGAACUACAUCACCAUGAUCGCCAGGAUCCUGAGUCGCUGGGCUGCGGAGGACAGAAGUCCCCCGUGCGGCCAGUGGUCACGAAUACAGGAUGCGCUGAUUUCUUCCGCAUGCAGACUGCCUUCCGCAGAUCAGGAGGAAAUGCUUGAUUCUGUUCUCCUGUUCAGGGACCUCCUGCGCUUCCCUCACAAGGUAAGCUUUACGAGUGCAGCUCUCGUCCUGAAGUCCACCCAGGCGCUCCUGGCUCAGAGCCUGCUCUCGGGGAGGCCCGCGGUGGCCGAGGGCACGAUGCUGGAGCUCAUACUGCUGGUGUCUGCCAUCUGGGAAGUGUCCGACCAGGAGACCCCGAGGAACGUGGGCUUCCUCCAAGAAGAGGGCAUUAAGGUCAUCUCGGCCCUCUUGUUGGACGGUCUCUCUGCAGCCAAGGAGCAUCAGCUCUGCAUCAGCGCUGGGCAGAUGGAGUUCUGCACCCUUCUUCAUCACGACCGUCAGGGCACCAUGCAGAGCCUGGGCCCCGUGCGCGUGCAUUUACCCGGCGGCCUGGCCGGACAGAGGCCUGCGGCGGCGGGGAUGCAAAGCCCAUGUUACAUUAGCCAGCUCAUGCUCUUCAAGAAGAACCCAUAUCCGGGGCGACGAGCUCCCGGUCAGAUUGGCCCGCUUGUCGCCCUGUCCCUGUUCACCUGCUCUGGCAGAAGGCCCAUCAGCAGGCAGCGGCUGAGGGAGCCUGUGGUCGUGGAGUUCGGGGAGGAAGACGGCCUGGGUGAGAGGAGAAACAGGAUGACCUUUGCGUUGCUUCGGGAGGCAGUGAAUUUUCAUCGGUUCACCGGGCGUUCCGAAAGCCCCCAGGAGUCUCUGCAGAUAAGGAUAGAAUUCUCUAGGCCCGUUUCAAGAGCGUUCCCGGUCAUGGUGCUGGUAAGGUUCUCUGAGAAACCUACUCCUUCCGAUUUUCUCGUGAAAAAGGUCUACGUCUGGGAUGAGCCGAUGGUACACGUGUAUGUCCCUGCUGCUUCUCUGAGAGACACAAGCUUGGGAUACUUAUCCUUACUGGAUGCUGACUAUGACAGAAUGCCUCGGAACAAGUAUUUCGCCAAGGCCGUCAACUACACUGUGCGUUUCCAGUGGCUCCGAUGCGUCUUCUGGGAAACGAGGGAAUGGAGGUCUGCAAACUCCUCUCCGCAGCCAGGAGCUUCUCCAGGGAAAGUGAGCUGCAGCUACGAUCGCCUCGCACCGGUCUCUGUCGCAAGAAGAAACCUGAGCGCCAGCUUUUCAGUGGAGGGUGUUUCCAAGCUUCAGAGACACCCGGGAAACCUGCUUCCCAGUAUUUUGAUUGCGGUUUCUGUGGUUCUCUAUGCACUUUUGGUUACCAACACCAGGCGUGUGGAUCGUCACGAGAGAGAGAAGGCGGGGUACAUUUCCCUGCAAGAAGACACUCCAGCCGACCACCAGCUGUACGCGGUUGUUGUAGACACAGGCUUCCGGGCUCCAGCCCACUGUAGCGCCAAGGUUUACAUUGUUUUGUGUGGAGAAAAUGGAGUUUCAGAACCCAGAGAACUCUACUGUUCAGAGAAGCCCCUGUUUGAAAGGAACUCCAGACAUACCUUUGUCCUGAGCACCCCGGCUCUGCUGGGCCCGCUCCGCAGGAUCCGCCUCUGGCACGACAGCCGCGGGCCCUGCCCCGCCUGGUACGUGAGCCACCUCAUGGUGCAGGAGCUGGGCACCGGGCCCGCGCAGCACUGGCUCUUCCCCGCUGAGUGCUGGCUGGCGGCGGGCCGGGGGGACGGCCACGUGCAGCGGGAGCUGGGCUGCCUUCGCCGGGGACCCGGCUUCUGGAAGCUCUUGUAUUCGAAGUUCACGGAGUAUCUGGAAGACUUCCACGUCUGGACCUCCGUGUACAGCCGGCCCUCGCCCAGCGGCUUCCUGCGCACCCCGCGCCUCACUGUCGCCUUCACCUUGCUGUGCGCGUACGCGUGUCUCGCUGCCCUGGUCACCGCCUCGAGGCAAGAGCGGCUCCUGUGGGCUCUGGGCGCCCCCGACACGGCCGCUGGGUCCUUCCAGACGGGUCUCCUGUGCACCCUGCUGGCGUCUCCCGCGGCUCAGCUCUUGUCACUGCUCUUGAGGCUCAGCCAGGAGCCCAGUGGGCCACGCCGAGUGAAGCCCCGCCUGCCCCCGAGGAGGGCGCCCAUGGGGGCAGCACAGGGCCCUAACUCCCAUGGCAGGACACCAGAGGCUCGGAAGAUACACAAGCGUAACACUCUCCCUGGGCGCGCCGGGGCCCGCAGAAGGGCGGCAGGCGGUGACGAUGCAGGUGGUCCGACCCCGGAGCUGGAGGCCUGCGGAGCUGACCCCCGCCAGCGGACCGAGGGGGAGGAGGGGGCACAAGUCCCCACCAGUGGGUCUGGACGACUUGCUGUGCUCCAGUGGCCGAGGGCACCACCGCCUUGGUCAGGCUUCGCAGCGUGGGCCACUUGCUGGAUGGUGUCUGUGGCCUGUGGCUUGGGGACGGCAUUUCUGGGGUACAGGUUUAACCCGACACAAUGCGCACAGUGGCUGCACCUGCUGACCCUGUCCGUGCUGUGCUGUGUUUUUGUCACCCAGCCACUUCUGGUCGGCCUCGUGGCCUUGGGCUUUGCCUGGAGAAAGAGAGACGACCCACAUUUCUUCACCGAGUCUCUGCGCGAGGCCACCAAGGACCUGGGCUCUGAGCUGGAAGGACGUGUAAGGUCCCCCAUGGCCCACCGUGCAAGCCAGAUGGAGGAGAUGGUGGCUGCCCGACAGCGAGCACGCCGCCUGCGCUGGGCACGUCCACCGUCUGCGGCCCAGCUCAGCGUCACCAGGGAGAGGAUGAGGAGAGAGACCCGGACGCGGGUGGCCCUGAGAGACGUUUGUAUGCACACCCUCAUGCUGCUCCUGCAUUGGUUUGUACUGUGUGGGAAAGUCUCCCAGGAUGAAUAUUCCCUCCAUCAAGCUAUCCGGAAUGAGUUUACAAGGAAUGCCAGGAGCUCCUCCGGCGGCCUGACAAGUGUGGGGGCCUGGUGGGACUGGAGUCUGACCACGCUGCUGGAUGGCCUGCAUGGGCAAGGCGCCCACACAGCUGGCGUGCCACAUGCUCAGCCCGGAGCCCUUGGCGGGAAGUGCUACCUCAUGGGCGCUUUGGUCAUUAAACAGCUGAGAGCUUCCUCUGACAGCGAGUGCGAGCUUCCCAGCCCACCUUCAGUGCUUACUGAAGACUCUCCUCCUACACGUAGCCCCCAAGUGGGAGCCACCGACACCAGCUCUGUGACAGAUCCGGCCAUCCAGGGAGUGGCUGCAAGUGGCCCCGGGGACUACGGGGCGAGAGAGCACUGGGUGCUCAGCCUGGGCAGCACAAGGGCGGCGGCCCAUGCGGCCCUGAGCGGCCUCAGGGCCAGCAGGUGGAUAGACCGCAGCACCAGAGCCGUGUCCGUGCACUUCACUCUCUAUAACCCUCCGACCCGACUCUUGUCCAGCGUGUCCCUGCGCGCCGAACUGCUCCCUGCAGGGGGCCUGGCCCUCUCCCCGCUGGUGGAGUCGGUGGCCAUCUUCCACAGCAACUCGUCCCAGUGGUACCGCCUCACACUUCCUGAGCUGGUCUUCCUGGCGCUCAACCUGAUCGGCCUGUGUCUGCACCUCUCUGGCAUGGCUGAGACGGGCGUCCGCAGCUACUGGCACAGCCCGGGGCUCUGGCUGGAGCUCACCGUGGUUGGAGCCGGCCUCGCCUACCACGCAGCCUCCAGCCACCUGGUAACUCUCACCGGGGAGGUGGCCGACCACUUCCAAAAGGGACUUUUCCACGAGUUUCUAGACCUCAGUCUUGUGACUUCAUGGAAUCAGAGGGUGUCGUGGCUGCAGGGGACCCUGUCCUUCGUCCUGACGCUGAAGUGCAUCUGCCUCGUUGGUGUCCAGACACCAGUGGCGUCCUGCUCCUUCCUGACACGCCGCUCUUUUGCUGGCGUCUUCGCGGCAGGGCUGGCGGGCGUCCUGAUGCUAGCAGCCCACUCCCACCUGAGCACAGCACCGCCUGGCACCUUCACGGACGUCUCCCGAGGCCUGCUGUUCCGUUUUCCAGGAAGACGCCAAAGAGACACAUUCCCCGGUCUUUCCAAGUCGGACCCGCGGGCCCCGGCUUGGUGCUGCGGGGCUUUCUUUAUAGUAACAAGCACCGUGUGGUUGGGAACGCUGAGAGGUUCCCUCAUGACUCUUGUUCGAAAAAGAAAAUCUUUCCAAAGCAAAUCCCUUGUGAGUCUAGAAGACGUGACUGCGUGCGUGUGGGGACAGUGCCUGGCCUUGCUGGGACUGGAGCGGCCACAGGGGGAAGAGGCUGAGACGGUCGAAAGUCAGCAUUACUACCUGGAUGAAGUCUCAGAUCUGCUAGAGGAACUUCUGUUGAAGAUUAAUGGCUUGUCUGACAGCCUGCGACUUCCUCGUCCAGAGCAGCAAUCCUGUGAUGAGACAGAGGCCAGGGCAGAAGGUGGUCCCUUGGGGAGCAUUUCUGCCUAACAAGCCACUGGGCCACCAGGCACGGAGGAGUGAAGGCGGCCGUGGCUGUGCUGAGGCGCUACAGACACCAUCUCGCCAAGCCACGCGACUACGUCUGUCGCAGACGCCCUGCUUUUCCGCGGGAGAAAAGGCAAGGCUCUCAAGUCCUCCAUUCGUCAUACGUUUUAAGGCUCUAUUCCGUGCCGUGCUCUGUUCCGUCUGUGAACAAAACCAACAAAAAUGCCUGCCCUUGGGGUGCUCACCUUGCAGUAGGUGAGGCGUGCAAUAAACAAGAUAUACUACAUCCAUCAAUGGGUAGUAAAAAAUGUUAUGAAGAAAAAUCAAGUAAGGGAUAGGAAGGG